AUGGGUGGUAAGUCGAUAUCUACUAGCAAUAGAUCCAUAAAGAGUUCGACACAGUCUGGGAAUAUUGUAGGUGCCUCUGCAGUUUUAGAUCCAAUGAACGAGGACGCUUUGCGUAAUAACUCACCACGGAUUGACGGGGACGAGCAUGAACCAUUACUACCAGAGAAUAAUACAACCCAAGGGAAACCUUCCCGUAGAGCGAUUGGUGUUCCACCGAACGCAAUUUCGAGCACAGAGAGAGCCGAAAAUGAAGAAGCGGAUACCGAGUCGUAUUUUCAAAGGAAUCAGUAUCGAGUGCAUAGGAAAUAUCGACUUUUCAUACACAACGCUAAAUGGGUUGUGAAUAUUUUUAUUGUGAUCAAUACAAUUUGGCUUGUUACUACUCUAAUAAGUGAUUAUUUCUUCGAUAUUAGCCUCUUUCACAGCAAUAAUAGAUCCAAUAGCUUCAAUGAUAUCACCCUGAUAUUCAUAUCUAUUGUUACCAAUGCAUUGAAUUUAUGGUUUAACAAACUCGGCUUGUAUUCUCCAUUGGAUUAUGUUUUGAAUAUGGUGUUGUGCCUCUUGACACUUUUCAAUUUGGAAUUAAUCUACAUGAUUACAUACACACGUCGUCGUAUUGGGUUUAUGGGAACUUUCACAUACCUGUGGGCAGCAUUUUCAUUUUUUGUAGGUAUCGUGCUGGAUUGGUAUCUUUUGGACUACAACAAGCAGAUUACUCAACCCUUUGAUGACGAUAAUUUUGAAGCAGCGGACAAUGUUCAAGGUAGGAGAAUUCAUCAUCAACAGGAAACUUCCGGUAAGCAUACUCUAAGUGAAUGGAUCUUUAUCGGAGUUAGAAAUGUUUUGAAAGUUUUACUUUUGGUAUUCUUCCUUCUAUUCACUUGCAACACAUUACUGUCAGCUUGGGAUAUUCAUCGAGUAACAGGUAAGGUUGCUGAUGUUAGCACGGAAGCGGCUACUUACGAUGCAUUCCAUUGGGUUGACGAUAAUCAUUCUUACAAAUUGCACAUCAGGUGUUAUGGUGACGUAUUUCAAAACGAAAAGAGUUUUGAUGAUGAGAAGAAGCAGGCAAUUUUGUUAUAUGAACAUGGUGGAUAUGAUACAGCCUACUUGUCAGCAACAUGGAUCCAGGAAUUAUACCAUUUGAAUAGAGUUCAGAGAUACUGUACUUACGAAAGACCAGGUUAUGGGUUGAGUGAUUCUGCGCCAGCACCAACAUCUAUAGCUAUGGUAGCAGAUCAUCUCAAGUAUGCACUCUUGAAUGAAGCAAAGAUUAAGGGGCCAUUCGUUACAGUUGGUUUCGACCUUGGUGGUUUGUUCACUCAGGUUUUCACAGCUAAAAAUCUUGAUAUAGUCGAAGGUAUGAUGCUUGUUGAAUCAUGGCACGAAGACCUGCUGCUUAAGAACUAUCUACAACGUUUGUUACCACCAGACCGUGGUGGAGAUGGAGAUGGAGACUCUCAACCUGGCAGAGACCCCGACGAUCACAGCUGGGUGCCACCAGAGAUCAAGAGAUACAAUGAAUUUAGGAUCUGGUGGCGUGGACUAUGGUCCACAAUUGGUUUGAAGUUGCAAACUUCGUGGCUGUUGGCUCAUCAUGGUCCUAAUGAACGUAUAUAUGGCCGUGACAUGCAAUAUCAAGGCAGAUUCUUACGUGGUAAAUUUUUGGAAAGUGUCACAAGCUCAAUGUUGAGUUACAAGGAUGUGGUUAACUAUAAGGAUAAGUUAAAGAAUGUUAAGGUAAGCGUGGUGAGCGCUAAGGAAAUGGUCAAGAAGUCUCCACAAUGGGGCAAUUGGCAACGUGAACUUUCCAGGAUUUCAUCAAAAACACAAGAGUGGAAACUCAUUGACGGAGGUCAUGAAGUUUACAAGUUCGGUCUGGGUAAGCAACAGGCUCAAGAUGUGUUAUUGAGAUUGAUCGGUGAGAAGGACAGAUAUUAA